AUGGCGGACGGUACGUUGCUAUUCUUUUACAACCAAAUGAUAACUACAAUAAAAUACGAUGAUGCAGCCCUUCCAGAUAAACGCCGCAAUGUUCUUCGCAUGUUCGCCACGCACCUGAAAGGCGCGAAGGCGCGGCAACAGGGAGCAGCGGGAGUUGCGCUGCCGCCUUCCCCAUCGGCGCCGGCAAGUCCCAUCGCGGCUUCACCGGCUGGCGCGCCACCCGGCUCGCUGCGGAAAAAGAAGCGCUUCGGGAAAGAUGUGGACAAAACGGAAGGGGAUGAUUCGCCUCGCCGCAAGAUUUCCGGCAACAAAAGCAAGGAGCACAUCUCGACGAAACAGGACAAAUCCGGCGCCCGCAACCAGCAAAAUGCCCAGAAGUAUGGUCAAUCGCCAAAGGGCUCGACGGUUGAGGCCCGGAAGGCUGGCACUGCACCGAUGGCACGAUCUUUGCCCCCACGCAGCGGCUCGACCACAGAGCAAGAAUCCGACGACAUCGACUCGGGCUCAAUGAGGCUGGACGUCAACGAGGCAUUACUACCAAAAAGCCGCGAGACGCUCUCUCUCUCGGCGGAGGAGAGCCCAAGUGCCGUCCGGCCAGAACCCAAGUUGCCGGAUCCUGUCAAGCCGGCCGUCCGCAAAAGCGGCGAUGCUGGCGGGAUGUUCUUCUCCUUCUUCCGCGGCAAAACCAAGCCGAUCCCCGCUCCGCAGCCGAUCCCGGUCCCGAAGCCGUCCCCCGUUCGCCGGAUACCGAGGGCCAAAAUUGUGCUGAAAGCUGCGGAUCCGCCGCCUCAACGCGAGGCUGCCUCGCCGAUAGCGCGGAAGAUGCAGUCCAAAUUGCGUCCUACUUCAAAUAUCAAGGCUCGGGCUUGGGGCUACGAUGGAGUCAAGAAAGUGCACGAGGUGAAGGACGAGGAGGCCGAGCAGAUUACCGAGUUUGAGGAAGUGCAAGGCGCUCGUCCAGCCCAGUGUGGGCAACGGAAGCCCAUGAAAUUGCGUUGGAAGGGCUUUGAGGCGCUCGAAAAAACCACGAAGAAGGGGGCCGAGCCUGCAAAAGAAAAGUCGCAGAACAAGGAGCGCAAACCGCGCAUCCAGCCCGAAGAGCGUCCACCACCUGCCGUUCCCGAGAAGUCGCGUGCGGUCAAGCCGAAGAAAGUGGACGUCGCGGCGGAGAAGGAGAAAGAGAAAGACAAGGAGAAAGAGCGAGAGAAGGAAAAGGAAAAGGAAAAGGAGAAAGGGAAGGAGAAGGAGAAGGAGAAAGAGAAGGAAAAGGAGAAGGAGAAAGAGAAAGAGAAAGAAAAGGAAAAGGAGAAACCGACGCCGACCGAGGAAAAGAAGAAGAAAGAAGAAGAAGACAAGAAAGUCGAGGACGAUGCCCAGAAGCUGUACGAAUCGCCAAAUGCCCCAACGAUCGCAGACGCAGUGACCGCGCCGGUUCUGCCCCCGACGGUCGCUGUCGCUGCAGAUGAUCCAUCGAAAGACUUACCAGCUGCCGUCGCCCCCAGUGGAUCCUCCGUGGCUGCGUCGGCCGCUUCCGCCUCCAGCACAACGGCCGUCGAUGAAGAGCACAGGGCGCUGAUCAACACUGCCACCAAAUUCAUGCACAUCUGCAAGCGGAACAACAUCAUGGAGAACCUGUUGCUGUCACGUCAGGAGGAGAAGCUCCGCGCGUUCUUUGGAGCUGACAUGAAGCCGGAGCUAUGCACCCCUGAGGUGCUCGAUCUCAUCGAGAAGGGCCUGGAGCGGAUGCUCGACAUCAUCCUCUUCAAGGGCGAUGAAUUGGAUGUCCCGAUCGACAAUGAAAUUCGCUGGUUCAUCAUCAACCGCACCGUGGCAAAGCAGGCAAUCAUGGAGGUGAUGCUCACUCAGCAGCAUCUGGUCCCCUUCUCCUGGGGAGGCAAGCAGCUUAACGACGCUGCCGCCGCUGCUCUCCCAGCUGGCAACGAAUGGACGGGCGUCGUGCAACAGCUUGCGGAGCCUCGCGAAAAUCGCUACAAGGCUAAGCCACCCCAGGAAGCUCCCAAGGAUGGCAAAGACACCAAGCCCAAGCAGCCGGAUACCAGCAACAAGACGCAGAAGGGUCGGAAGGCCAACUCGAAAGAGGUCGCCAAAGUGCCGAAGUCGCCAUCGAAGACCCCAUCCGUCUACAUUCCUCAUUACAAA